GGAAAGGCUUGAUCGGAUGAAUGCCGUGGUAUGUCUGUCUGUUUGGUGUUUGGUGCUUGGUGAUUGCGGUGGCACACACAGAGAGAGAGAUGAAUCUCAAUGGACUCUCUUGAUGAGUCGAUGGACAGCCCAAACUCCAGACAGUGCCAAGAUUACGGCCCGAACCAUCCAAAGCCACCCACCCACUCUUGUCAGGUCUACGGUGAAGUUGUUGGUGGGUGGAGGAUCUCACUACAAGAUUCUGAGUCGAACAAUUGUGUUCUACUCGCAUUUUGUUUCAUCUGGAUCGUAUCUUGGUCCAAACGACUAGUUCCAUGCAGGCGAGUUGCACAUUACACCAAGCUUGUUUGUCACGCCGCCCCCGCGGGAGUGGAUAUGUCGUUCUUCGAGAAUCUCAACAAGCAGGCUAUGGUUUUGCAAGUGUUCAACGACAUUCAGGCUCGGUAUGGCACGGCGUAUAGCACAAGUUCGGCUUCUCGUGGAGAAACUGCCUGUCGCACAAUCGGUGGGCUAUUGUCAUCGAUCCCACUUCCGCGUCAUCAUGUACUGUACGGUCCAGAUAAGUCGUCACCAUCAUGCCUGCCUCUUUUCGACCACUGCUGGUAUCCAUUUGAGUCCCUGUUCAAACCUGUCUUGCGGCUCGGGUACGUUGCCUUGAGACGGCAUAUCCUCUUGUGGUUCCUAGGGGAUGAGUGGUAUGUAGACGGGUGCGUGCUGUACUGUACCUGAUUUCAAGGGUCUUCUAAAAAUAGACUCGCGCUCAAGGGCACGCAACUGGUUCAUCGUCCUGGGAAGUCCAUCCUAAUUUCACAAAGCAUGGAGGUUCGUGGGAUCUUGAGAUGUCAAACCGGGACAGUAAGUGCGUGGGACUCGGCCCCAUUAUCGCUAUCUCUGGUUUAUCAAAUCAGAAGAGAUCCCGG